AAAGUGAAAGUAAGUUUUGCGUAGAAAAAAAUCAUUUAAAAUGGGUAUCUGUUUACCGUGUUUAGGAGGACAGGCUGAUGAUUAUGACCAACCAAGUCCGGAAACCAGAAGAAGACAGAUGGCAGAAGCAGCAGAAAAAAGAAAGAGAGAGGAUGAAGGGAGGGGUGUAAAAGACCCAGAGGCUUUAAAACGUAAACAGCAGAAAAGGGAGGAGAUAGAGAAGAAGGCAGAGCAGUCAGGAGGAGGGGAGGGGGGAUUACGGUGGCAAGUAAGCUAAGAGAAAAAAAGUUCUAAGUGGAGGCAGCAUUCUCAGCAGAAUUUGUGAUUGGAAGAAAAAAAUGAAAUUGACAAAUGUGGACUUUUUAUACCUAUAGUCAGUCUGUCAUAUGAUGUCGGGUUGAAAAGGAACAAAAUCUUGAGUAUUUCAAAAAGAAACCUUCUCACAUGUGUCUUGACUUAAUGUCAAGGAAAAUGUUUGCUUGUAUAUGUGCUUUAUUUAUACAUAAACCAAGUAUGUUUAGGAAAUAUUGAUAAAUAAUAUACAUAUGUUAUGGA